CCCAGCGGAGCUUUGAGAGCGGACACCCCGGGGCAAGAUGGCGGUCGGGCCUCGGCAGCUGCCCCGGGUCUGGCAAAGCUCGAGGGUACUGGGCUGACGCGGCGGUAGUUGCGGCCCCGACCCCGAGCGCGGGGGCCUCGAGCGCACAAAGGUCUACGGCCUGAGGAAAAGACAAGCUCCUCUAAAGCGAGAAGCUGCCCUCAGCUGUGAGACCUUGACCACAUCACUAAUGAUUACCUGCUGUUUCUGUGUCACAGGCAAGUCCUCAGGUGAGCUCUCCAGACUUCUGCUGGGCAGAGAAAGCAAAGGCUGCUCACCACUUUCCCUGCAGGGUUUGUGUAAAUUUGCCAGCAUGUUCACCGUUUCUCAGACCUCGAGAGCAUGGUUCAUCGAUCGGGCCCGUCAGGCUCGAGAGGAAAGGCUUGUGCAGAAGGAGCGGGAGCGGGCGGCUGUUGAGAUCCAGGCCCACGUUCGGAGUUUCCUUUGUCGGAGUCGGCUGCAGAGAGAGAUCAGGAGAGAGAUUGAUGAGUUUUUUAAAGCAGAUGAUGCUGAGUCCAGUAAAAGAAGCGCACUUUGUAUUUUUAAGAUUGCCAGGAAACUGCUGUUCCUGUUCCGAAUUAAAGAGGAUAACGAGAGAUUUGAGAAGCUGUGUCGCUGCGUCCUGAGCAGCAUGGACGCUGAGAAUGAACCCAAGGUGUGGUAUGUGUCCCUGGCUCUUUCCAAGGAUCUCACCCUCCUGUGGAUUAAACAGAUCAAACACAUUCUUUGGUAUUGCUGUGAGUUUCUUGAGCAGCUCAAGCCCGAAAUUUUACAGGACUCCAGACUCAUCACGCUGUACCUCACGAUGCUCGUCACCUUCACAGACACUUCAACGUGGAAAAUUCUCCGUGGGAAAGGGGAAAGUCUUCGACCAGCCAUGAACCACAUUUGUGCAAAUAUCAUGGGACAUCUCAACCAGCAUGGAUUUUAUUCUGUGCUGCAGAUAUUGUUAACCCGUGGCCUGGCAAGACCCCGGCCUUGUCUGUCUAAAGGCACUUUAACUGCAACCUUUUCUCUAGCACUGCGCCCUGUGAUUGCCGCACAGUUUUCAGACAAUCUGAUUCGGCCAUUCCUCAUCCACAUCAUGUCUGUGCCUGCUCUUGUGACUCAUCUCAGCACAGUGACCCCUGAGCGCCUCACUGUUUUAGAAUCUCAUGACAUGCUUCGUAAAUUCAUCACAUUUUUAAGAAACGAAGAUCGAUGCCAUGAUGUAUGUGAAAGCUUAGAAGGAUGCCAUAUGCUCUGUCUGAUGGGCAACCUCCUUCACUUGGGCUCCCUCAGCCCCAGGGUGUUAGAGGAGGAGACAGACGGGUUUGUGAGUUUGCUCACCCAGAUGCUGUGCUACUGUCAGAAGUACGUGUCCCAGAAGAAAUCCAACCUGACACACUGGCACCCUGUUCUCGGCUGGUUCUCGCAAUCUGUGGACUAUGGCCUUAACGAGUCCAUGCCCUUGAUCACCAAGCAGCUGCAGUUCCUGUGGGGAGUGCCUCUGAUCCGGAUCUUCUUCAGUGACAUCCUGAGCAAGAAGCUGCUGGAGAACCAGGAGCCAGCCCAUGUGCAGCCAGCAUCCCCCCAGAACGUGCUCCCCAUGAAGAACCUCCUGAAGCGCGCAUUUCAGAAGUCUGCAUCGGUCCGGAAUAUUCUCAGGCCUGUUGGGGGUAAGCGUGUGGACUCUGCGGAGGUCCAGAAGGUCUGCCACAUCUGUGUCCUCUACCAGACCUCGCUGACGACUCUGACCCAGAUCCGGCUGCAGAUACUCACAGGUCUCACUUACCUUGAUGACCUGCUCCCCAAACUGUGGGCGUUUAUCUGUGAGCUGGGGCCCCACGGAGGGUUAAAGCUCUUCUUGGAAUGCCUCAACAAUGACACGGAAGAGUCUAAGCAGCUCUUGGCCAUGCUGAUGCUGUUCUGUGACUGCUCCCGGCACCUCAUCACGAUCCUUGACGACAUUGAAGUUUAUGAAGAACAAAUUUCAUUCAAACUGGAAGAGCUGGUGACCAUCUCCUCUUUCCUGAACUGCUUUGUGUUCAAAAUGAUCUGGGAUGGAAUCGUAGAGAAUGCCAAGGGGGAGACCUUAGAGCUGUUCCAGUCCGUGCACGGGUGGCUGAUGGUGCUGUACGAGCGGGACUGCCGGCGGCGCUUUGCCCCUGAGGACCACUGGCUGCGCAAGGAUCUCAAACCCAGCGUGCUCUUCCAAGAACUGGACAAGGACCGGAAGCGGGCCCAGCUGAUCCUGCAGUACAUCCCUCAUGUCAUUCCCCACAAAAACAGAGUUCUCCUGUUUCGAAACAUGGUCACCAAGGAGAAGGAGAAACUGGGGCUCGUGGAGACCAGCUCGGCUUCUCCCCAUGUCACUCAUAUCACGAUCCGACGGUCCCGGAUGCUGGAGGAUGGCUACGAGCAGCUCCGGCAGCUCUCCCAGCACGCCAUGAAGGGCGUGAUCCGCGUGAAGUUCGUCAACGACCUCGGGGUGGACGAGGCAGGCAUUGACCAGGACGGCGUCUUCAAGGAGUUCUUGGAGGAAAUCAUCAAGAGGGUGUUCGACCCGGCGCUCAAUCUGUUCAAGACAACCAGCGGGGAUGAGAGGCUCUACCCCUCGCCCACGUCCUACAUUCAUGAGAACUACCUGCAGCUUUUCGAGUUCGUGGGCAAGAUGCUGGGGAAGGCCGUGUACGAGGGCAUUGUGGUGGACGUGCCCUUCGCGUCCUUCUUCCUGAGCCAGCUGCUCGGGCACCACCACAGCAUCUUCUACAGCUCUGUGGACGAGCUUCCUUCGCUGGACUCGGAGUUCUAUAAAAACCUCACUUCCAUUAAGCGUUACGAUGGGGACAUCGCUGACCUGGGCCUGACUCUGUCGUAUGAUGAGGACGUCAUGGGUCAGCUUGUUUGCCAUGAGCUGAUUCCUGGAGGGAAGACCAUUCCUGUUACAAAUGAAAAUAAGAUUAGCUACAUCCAUCUGAUGGCGCAUUUUCGGAUGCACACGCAGAUCAAAAACCAGACGGCUGCCCUCAUUAGCGGAUUCCGCUCCAUUAUCAAGCCCGAGUGGACCCGGAUGUUCUCCACCCCUGAGCUACAGCGCCUCAUCUCUGGUGACAAUGCUGAGAUUGAUCUGGAAGAUUUAAAGAAGCACACGGUGUACUAUGGUGGCUUUCAUGGAAGUCACAGGGUCAUCAUCUGGCUCUGGGAUAUUCUGGCCUCCGACUUCACACCCGACGAGAGAGCCAUGUUUCUGAAGUUCGUGACCAGCUGCUCCAGGCCCCCGCUCCUGGGAUUCGCCUACCUCAAGCCUCCCUUCUCCAUCCGCUGUGUUGAAGUGUCAGAUGACCAGGACACGGGGGACACCCUGGGCAGUGUCCUCCGGGGCUUCUUCACCAUCCGCAAGCGGGAGCCGGGCGGCCGUCUGCCCACCUCCUCCACCUGCUUCAACCUGCUCAAGCUGCCCAACUACAGCAAGAAGAGCGUCCUCCGGGAGAAGCUGCGCUACGCCAUCAGCAUGAACACGGGCUUCGAGCUCUCCUAGCUCCCGCUCCCGCCACCUGCCCUGGCCGACUCCUGGGAUCCCAGGGACCUCCAGCUCCAGGGGACAGGGUCGCCCUAGGAGUGGGUGACCGACAAGCCGGGUGACCUCUCACUCUCUAUAGCCAUGAGACUCCCCUGUGGCCUCAACUACUUGGGACACACAUGACAACUCAGUAGCAUUCUCCAGGUGACACUGAUGGGAAGGGUGUUGAGAAUAAAUCUCCAGGUUCUGCCAGUGCCGGUCCUUUUCUCCUACUUUCCAGGGCUUGAAGCCCAGGCCUGUGAUCACAGAGGGCCUUCUCCUUUUGAUAGUUUGGGAUUUUGGUGAGUCUUUUCUCUCCUUAACUUUCUGAGUGAGCUGUGCAUGAACAAGUCCCAGGAACUCCAAGAGUCCAGAGCGGUUUUCACAAUACGGUUCUGAGUGCACAAAGCCCACUACGGGUGAGACACUCCUUCCGUUUCUGAAAACUCUUUACUCAGGUAAGGCCUUGCCAAGCCUCUAUGCACUCGACAAAGUCUCUGCCUCCACCCCGUCCACAGCGGCCUCUCUGCAGACAGCCAGGCCCACUUGCUCCCCGGGGAAGCAGAGGUGCCUGCCAGGAAGGCUGGGGAGCCCAGGAAGUUCAGGGUGCUGCCCCCACCUUGAAACCAUGCAUUCCACAUGGCAGCAGUGCCCCUCCCCCAGUCUCGCCUUGGAUGCUCUGAGGCCCCAGCAGGCCGAGCAACCAGGACGCCCCCACUGGCUUGAUCCCGUCUCAUGCGUUCACAUUGUCAUCCUGGCUUUGGGAGAAAAAUCCUAUUGGCCCUUAAGAGCAGCUCCGUUUCCAGAGGGUGCUGGCUGUUCCCCAAAGCCUGCUGAUUCCUAAGGGGGCAGCUGCCUUCCCACUGCUUGUUUGCCUCCUUGUUGUCUAGUAAGGAACAAACACUAGCCGAGUUACCCAGCCUAUUGGGGCCGUGGCUUCCACGCAUUGAUGGUAAAAUCCCAAGAAACUUGCCUCAGCACGGGGAACUGGGAGCCCUUCGCACUGAUGGAAGUUGAAAAGGCUGAGGAAACUCUGGGUUGGGUUUUUUUGGUUUUUGUUUUUUUUACUUCGUUUUCUCUUCCAACCCAUUGUGCUCCUCUGCCCUCAUUCUUCCCGCUUAUCAUGAGAACUUUAUUCUAGAUCCAGGGAAUUGAGACAAAGGCCGUGUCCAUGGUCUGUGUUGACAGCCAUCCACCCUCGCCCCCCUCGUCAAGCUCCAUAUGCAUCCCCACCACCAAGAUCGAAGCCAGGAGCUCCUGGUCCCUCCUCUACUCUGUGCAGCCGGCUGAGGGCUUGCAGCUUUCUACCGAGUCAGCAGAGCACCUUCUGGCAAAAACCUUCGUGCUGGCGGCUAAGCGGGCAAGGCUUGUCUCCAUGGCCUGCCUCAGAGGGUUGCAGCUAGGUGCCGUGUCCUGCCCGGGCCCAAGCCUCGCUCCGUUAGAGCCCCUGGGCUUCUGGAAAAGAGUUCGUGCUUUACUUUGAUGGAAAGAUAGCAAGGAAUUUAAAGACAGACAGUAAUUUAUUAUUGUUUAAGAUUUGUUAGUAAACUCUGAUUCUAUGAAUUUGUCACUUUAAACAUGCAACUCCUUUGAAGACUUCCUCUGAACGUGUGUGUGCGUGAGAGCGUGUGCGUGUGCACAUGUGCGUGUGUGUACGCGGAGCAGGUUUGUACAUUGUUGCUGGGGCCCAAAUGACUGUCCGCCCGCACAGAGACGUUCGAUCCCAUCUUGACUCUGAUUAUCUGAGAAUCCGCUGGUGUGGGGCUGGGGAGAGAGUGGUUUCUAAGCACCAACACCAACUUUAUUUGUUCUUUUGACGAGGGGGGGUGGUUUGUAAUUUCAUUUAAAUUGUUCUCUUUAAUAGUUGGAAAUAUUGCACUAUCGAAAACACUGAGUCUGUACUUACAUGGCUGGUGUUCCUUGACACCUCAGUGGCUCUUGAUGGCUCUAAAAAGUUGUGGGGGCUUUUUUCGUUUCCUAGAUAACCUAGGGAUUAAAACGUGAUCAGAGGCUUUAUUAAAUUUGUACUUCGGCACAUGA